ACCAUAACUAAAAAAGCACUCCCACCACCAACAAUGGCAGCAAGAGAGAGAAAGAGACCUAGAGAGAGAAACAUUAGGUUUCCCCUUCCCUUCAAAGCAAGGAAUCCCCCAUUUCAAUUUCCACCAUUAAUGAACUCUUCUUCUUCUUGUCUCUAGCUCCAAAAUUUUCCCACUCCAUUUUCUCGGGAAAAUAAUGAGUCUCAAACUCCUCACCAUCUCCUUCCUUCUAACCUCCACUCUCCUCUCCUUUCUCUUCAUCCAAACAAAAUUAACCAAACCGAUCGCCGCCGUCAGAUCCCUCUACUUCCCCGAAUCCAAUCGAUCCUACGCCGUCGCCUUCGCCUAUCUCAUCUCCGCCUCCGACGGCGACGCCGCCCGCCUCAAGCGCCUCCUCCCGGCGAUCUACCAUCCCGCAAACCACUACCUCAUCCACCUCGACCAGGCCGCCUCCGACGUCGACCGCCACGAAAUCGCCGAUUUCGUCGCUCGGAAUCCGGUCUUCCGCCGCGUCGGGAACGUCUGGAUGGUCGGAAAACCGAGCUUGGUGACCUACAGAGGGCCCACCAUGCUGGCGACCACUCUCCACGCCAUGGCCAUCCUCUUGAGGACCUGCAAAUGGGAUUGGUUCAUCAAUUUGAGCGCCUCUGAUUAUCCCCUGCUUACUCAAGAUGAUCUGAUUCAUGCAUUUUCUGAGUUGCCAAGAGAUCUCAAUUUCAUUCAACACACCAGUCGUUUGGGUUGGAAGCUGAAUAAGAGAGGGAAGCCUAUAAUAAUAGAUCCAGGCCUUUACAGCAUGAACAAGUCAGAUAUUUGGUGGGUUAUCAAACAAAGGACUCUUCCAACUGCAUUCAAGCUCUACACAGGUUCUUGUGUUGGGGCAGGUUCAGCUUGGACAAUACUUUCAAGAUCUUUUGCUGAGUACUGCAUAGUGGGGUGGGACAAUCUCCCAAGAACUCUCCUCCUCUACUACACCAACUUUGUUUCUUCUCCAGAGGGAUACUUCCAAACCCUAAUCUGCAACUCUGAUGCCUACAGAAACACCACAGUCAACCAUGAUCUUCACUACAUCACUUGGGACACCCCUCCCAAGCAGCACCCCCGCUAUCUCGGCCUCGGGAACUACAAGAAAAUGCUCGCCAGCAACCGCCCCUUUGCCCGAAAGUUCAAGGAGAAUGACAGGGUCUUGGACAGGAUCGACCGCGACAUCCUCAAGAGGCGCCAUGGCAGGUUCGCCUACGGCGGGUGGUGCUCGGGAAACGGGGCUUGCUCGGGUUUCGGAGGUGAGAACUAUGGUGUUUUGAAGCCUGGGCAGGGGUCUAGGAGGUUGAAGACUUUGCUCAAUAGGCUUCUUUCAGUUAGGUAUUUCCAUAAAUUGCAAUGCAAAUAGAUUUAUUUAUUCUUUAGUACUAUGAAUAAAAUCCACACCAACUUCUAUAUAUAGUGCAUGUUAUUAA